GUUCUAGGUUGGAGUAUGAACUUCUCGGAAGCGUGUUUGUACAGCUAUUUGUACUAUGUGCAAGCGGACUCUUCGGUGAUUUCAGUGGAGUAUUUGCGCAAGCUAAGCCCAUUGUUUCUUCCAAAAGAUGGAAGGCACAGCGACUUGGAUGAUAGAGACGAAACUUUGCAGGAUCACGCACCAGAUUAUACAACAACUCUGGUGUCAAUCCAGCAUUCUUGUGGAACUGACCAUGAGAAAACACCAUUGCUGGAACAGCCUUCAAAAACUACAGCGCACGAAGCAGGUGCUUUUACUAUAGACCAACGACUUGAAGGAGACACUACAACAGCACUUCUUUCAAAGAGACAAACUUCAGACGAGGCUCAAGAAUCCGGCCCGCUUUUCCUCGCUGAAUCUGCUAAACUCUCUUCUUGUAGCGGCUCUUGCACACCUCGUUCCCUGACGCCUUCGGCCAGGAUGAAGGCUGCUAGUACGAGUGCAAAUGCUACAGUUGAUUCUGUAGCGCAGAAACUUCGCCACACGAGCGGCAACGACAAAGUUGUUGCUACAACGACACAUCAAACGCAUCAACAUCCUCCCGGUCUCCACAUUUCCAAUCUCCGCAUGAAAUAUCGAUCCGAUCUUCCAAAUUACGUUUUAUCCAACCUCUCGUUUUCCGUAGCACCUGGCGAACGAUGUGCUGUCGUAGGCCGUACCGGAGCCGGGAAAAGUUCUGUGGCUGUCGCGGUUUUCAAUCUUGCUGAAGAAAUUCACGGGGAAAUCUAUCUCAAUGGCAGUUCGUUGCUGGCUCCAGUGCCAGUAAACGAAAGCCGAAAGCGACUGGGGAUCAUUACGCAAGACCCGGUGAUUUUUUCAGGCACGGUGAGACAAAACUUAGACCCGUUUUUCGAGUUUACAGAUGCGGAAUGCGAACAAGCGUUGGCAAAUGCUUGCUUGUUCGAUCCUCGGAUGAAGAAAAACGUAGGUGGUGGAAAUGGGUAUGGGAAUGGUACUGGAAUAGGAGGAUCUACAAAUAAUAUGAAAAACGCCACUUCUUCGAAUCCGGUACUCGCUUUAAAACCAGUCGCAGAAGAAGAAGUCCUGCAAGACAUGGAAGAUGAAGAUGCUUAUGUUUCCCCACCGGAGCGUCCUGCUGUACUACAUGUAACAUCACCUUCUCCAGACCGUGAUAGGUGCCCCAAGAACGAGCAGCAAAUCCUGAAACACUACGAGCUUGUGUCCAAUCUCGAAGAAAGUGGAAAGAAUCUGUCAUUGGGUGAGCGGCAACUCGUGUGUCUGGCACGGGUCCUAUUACGUAGCCCCGAGAUGUUGAUCUGUGAUGAGGCGACGGCAAGUUGCGACUUGGAGACAGACGCCUUGGUUCAAAGAGCUAUUCGGAAUUGGUUAGCGAAACAGCAUAAAAGUGGAAAUCCUUGUUGUUAUGAUGGGAAGGUCGAAAUGUAAACUUUGCUCGCACUCAAGAAUGGUACAAAAGUACAAAGCAUACAACUACUCAACAUCAGUACCCUUGUUGUUUUCUGGAAGUAGAGCCUCAUAGAUCUUCCGUAUAAUCAAUCUGUUUUUCCGCCCGCGCUUCCACCAAACUGAGAAUUCUUCUCGUUCAUAAUGCAGAGCUUUCGCUUUGUUUUUUUUUCCUCUUUCAUCCUCCUGUCCUCACGAUCGCUCACCGGUUGGAGACGAUCGCAGACUAUGAGAAAGUUCUCUUUCUCGACAAAGGCCGCGAACUGGAAUACGGUGCUCCGAAAGAUUUGCUUUCUGACCUCACCUCCAAUUUCGCUCAAUUAGUGCGCGCAGCUGGACCGGAGACGGAAAAACGAGUCAGGGAUAUCGUAUUUGCUGAAGGGUAGAGGCAGAAGUUCAACUUCUGAAGUUGGACAGAAGUUGAACUUGGAGUGUGCCUGGCGAUGCCGGAUACCACAUUUUCACAGAUGAACAACAAACGCUGAAACUUGCUAGAUAGAAACACAUUUUUUAAUGAAUUAACACAUUUAACGACAUUCACAUUUUUCACAUAAGCAUGUCGUAUUCUUGUCCGAACAAUAACCACUGACAGAAUUAUUGUCCAGUUUCUUUUGAUGAAUUUCAAUUUGGAUUUUCAUUUUUUUCUUCCACAUUGAUGUUUUUCUGUUUUUCCAGCCAGUGUCUACUUCCCUGCGGACGAGAUUGACAGAGGUCAGAGCGUAAAAAUUCUGUCUUGCUCGCACAGGAAUUCUCGUUAACACAAGGAUGGAGAUGUAGGUAAUGAUAUCUAUCGUAUCGUCUACGAGGCACAGGCACAGCUUCGUCUGAU